AUGUUCGUCGCAACAGAGUGGACAAAUGUCGUCGUGCCUGCAAUGCUAGGUGUCAUCAUGAUGGCUCGGUUGUAUGCCAUGUAUCAGCGAUCCCGAACGGUGUUGAUACUUCUCAUUAUCGUCUUGCUAGCUGUCACUAUCGCCAAUGGAGCAAUGAACGAAAUAACAAAUAGGUAUGCCUCAGGGGAGGUAUACAUUCUCUUCGGCACCUAUGAGUGUGCUAUUGACUACGGGAAAAGUGGCCAACUUCUGAUGACCAUGAUUUGGAUGCUCAUCAUUGUAUGGGAGGUCCUUGCACUGUGGCUCGCAGUCCGGAUUGCUGUAAAACAUUUCCGUGAACUGAGACAAUCAUCUGCAGGAGGGAUUAUUGGGGACUGUUUCACGGUGUUAAUGAGAACCCACAUGGCCUACUUUGCGAGCUUUGCUGCUGCUUCGGGCCUCCAGCAGGUUUUUACUAUGCUUUCAAAAUCUCAGCGGUAUGACCAAUAUUCCUUGCAAAAUCAGAUUCUUGCUGGUGUCGCUCAAAUUCUUUCGCUCACGGAGAUGUUUGUGCUGGAACCACGCUUGAUCCUUGACGUUCGAGAAUACAAUGCUCGGCGCGUGGCUGACUCUGAUGCAGCAACCACCAUGACUUCAAUUGCUUUCCAGGAGCGCGUGCAUGUGUCCACUAGCAGCAUAAUUCCCACAGAGCCUGAGCUAUCAUUCGAGCUGAAGCGACCGCAUAUUUCAGUGGCGAAGACAGGUCAUGAGCCUGGAGAGCGCGAUGGAGCUUCCACCGUUCGAAGCUUGAUCAAAGCUCCAGAUGCUGAACUCAUCGUUGAGGCUACCAUCGGUGCGUGGCUAGCGAUCGAGAAAGAUCAAAUCAAAAAUACCGACCAUCCAAAUGCCAAUCUCACUUCUACUUUUUCUGUAGAAAACGUCGAUAUUCGAGCGUCCAAUAGCGAGCAAGGCAAAAAGAAUGACUGA